AUGCAGCAGCAGCAGCAGCAGCAGCAGCAAGGCCAGCAACAGCAACAGCAGCAGCACCAUGGCCAGCAUGCGCAACCCAUGCAGCAGCUUGAGCCCGAGCAAGAGCAGCAGCAGCAGCAGCAGCAGCGAGAGAAGCAGCAGCCCGAGCCCGUGCCGCCACAAGCGCAGCAGCAGCAGCCCGAUUCGCAGCAGCAGCAGCAGCAGCAGAAAGGCUGCGUGGACUCCUUUUUGAAGGACUGCGGGUCAGAUGCUGCUGCUUUACUUCGGCUGUCUCCUUUUCUUUGGUCUGCUGCUUUAGAAUUCGAAGCAGCAAAAGGAAACCCAGAAGCUGUGCAGGCUAUUGUGGAGCUGCUCAUCAAG